CCUGCGUGACCGUUUGGCGUCGAAGUUCCUUUGAGAAUCCUCGUGUGGCCAGCGUCUCUGAGAGAAAUUAUAAAUUAAAAAACACGAAUGAAACGUUUGCUGAACCGCAAAAGCUACUGAUUUACAAGGGAACCUAGAUACUAUUCCCCAAGAAGAAAUUCAUUAGUUUGGAACAGGAGGAUUCUUUUGCAUCAAACACCAAGAUGAAAGAAUCACCAAUAGAUGGUAAAUGUGACAAAGUGGGGACACCACAACUGGGACAGCUAGAUGAAAUUAAGACGGAACCUGAAAAUGCUCAGGAGUAUUGUCAAGCCCAGCAGCCUAAAACUCAGGAGAAUGAACUGAAAAUAAACACUACAUUUUCAGACAGUGCUCCACAGUUGACGACAGGCAUUCAGCUUUCCCUGACAUCAUCUGGCAUGAAUAAAAUGCUUCCUUCAGUUUCAACCACAGCUAUUCAGGUUUCCUGUUGUGGUUGUAAAAAAAUUCUUCAGAAGGGGCAAACUGCUUAUCAGAGGAAAGGGUCUACUCAGCUUUUCUGCUCCACGCUGUGCAUCACUGAAUACAUUUCAUCUGCCAAUUCACCAGCUCUUCCCAGGAGAACUUGUUCAAACUGCUCAAAAGACAUCUUAAAUUUAAAGGAUGUGAUCAGUGUUCAGCUAGAAGAUAAUACCUCUAGCAAGAAUUUUUGCAGCCAAUCUUGUCUUUCAUCAUAUGAAGAAAAAAGAAAAGCAUUUGUUACAAUAUGCACUAAUAGCGUUUUAACCAAGUGCAGCAUGUGUCAGAAGACUAUUGUUAAACCAACCAAAACACUUACAUCUGUUCCUUGCAAAUCAUUGAAGCCCUCAGAUGAAAUGAUUGAGACCACCAGUGACUUGGGGAAGACAGACCUUUUUUGUUCUAUUAAUUGUUUCUCUGCUUACAAUAAAACUAAGAUGGAAUCAUCUACAGUAAAUGUUUCCAUGGUACAUGAUGCCUCAAUGGAUACCUUUUCUCCAAAGAAAGAUACAACUCCAGUUAUAAGCAAUAUAGUGUCAUUGGCAGAUGCUCGUGUUUCCCUACCCAUCAUGAACUCUGAUGUCUUACAAGCAGAUACAGUAUCUUCAGUAACAGCAAAUGUCAUUGUAGAUAGUUUACCCAGUGAAUCAAGUAGUGGUGUUGCUACUAGUAGUGUUGAACAGCCAAGCCUUUCACCAUCUUCAUCAAUACCCAGUCAGCCUACGGUUGACUCCAGUGUAGAAGUACAAAAAGAUCAAGUGUCAGACCAAGAUGCUUCAUACAAUAUGAAACCUAUGAAAAUAAGUGAAGGACUAUGUCACCCAAAAUUUACAUCCAGAGUACAAAAAAUUAAAGAUAAGUCACGAAACAUUAAAAAAUCUUGGUGUUCAAAUUUCCAACAUUUGAAAAACAAUAUUAAAAAGGAUGUGACAUUCUGUUACUCAUGCCAGUUGUUCUGCCAAAAAAAUUUUAAUUGUGGAGGAGAAUCAUUUACAGCCCAAGGAAUUUCUAAUUGGAAAAAGACUCUAGAAAAAUUCAGAAAGCAUGAAAAAAGUGAGAUGCAUUUGAAGUCAUUGCAGUAUUGGAGGGAAUACCAAUUUUUUGAUGAAGCUGUCAAUGAUAAUUUAUCUAUUCAUUCAAAACAGAUUGAAGGAAAUAAAAAGUACCUAAGGCUUAUAAUUGAAAAUAUUUUAUUUCUUGGGAAGCAGUGUUUACCAUUAAGAGGAAAUGACCAAUCGAUUUCAUCUGUGAAUAAAGGCAAUUUUUUAGAACUGUUAGAAAUCAGAGCAAAAGAUAAAGGAGAAGAAAUAUUUCGACUUACGAAUUUACAAGUUGACUUCUAUAAUAGUACACAAAUUCAAAAUGAUAUUAUUGAAAUAAUAAAGACUGAAAUGCUUCAAGAUAUUGUGAAUGAAAUCAAUGCCUCCUCAGCUUUUUCAAUAAUAUGUGAUGAGACAACUGAUAGUGCCACUAAAAAACAGCUUUCGAUUUGUGUAAGAUACCCACAAAAAAUGUCAAAGGCUGUCUUAAUUAAAGAAAGAUUCUUGGGUUUCAUAGAUAUUGAAGAGAUGACUGGGACUGACUUACAUGGGACUAUCAAAACUUACCUGCAGCAAAUUGGAGUUGAUUUGAAUAAGAUAUGUGGCCAGGCCUAUGAUAGUACCACUAAUUUGAGAGGACAGUUUAAUAAAAUUGCAGCAGAAUUCAAGAAAGAAGAGCCAAGAGCUUUGUACGUACAUUGUUAUGCGCAUUUUUUGGAUUUAACAGUAAUUACGUUUUGUAAAGAAGUGAAAGAACUCCGAAGUGCUCUAAAUACUCUCAACUCUUUGUUCAACACUAUUCAUAUGUCUGGGGAAAUGUCUGCAAAGUUUCAAAACAUUUUUAAGCUAAGUCAAAACAAAACAUGCAAGAAACAUACAUCACAAUCAUGUUGGACAGUCCAUGACCAUAUAUUACUGUCUGUGAUUGAGGGCCUUCCAGAGAUUAUUGAAACAUUGGAAGUUGUAUCAAGCCAUUCUUCAAACACAAGUUUAGCUGAUGAAUUGAGUGAUAUGUUAAUACUGGUUUCCAAAUUUGAAUUUGUCUUUUGUUUGAAAUUUCUUUAUCGAGUGUUAAGUGUUACAGGAAUUCUUUCCAAAGAGCUUCAAAGUGAAACCAUAGAUAUUUUUUCAUUGUCUUCAAAAAUAGAAGCAAUUUUGGAAUGUUUAUCAUCUGAAAGAAAUGAUGCCUAUUUCAAAACUAUCUGGGAUGGAGCAGAGGAAAUAUGUCAAAAAAUAACCAGUAAAGGUUUUGAAGUUGAAAGACCUUCUUUUCAGAAAAGGAGAAAAAUUCAGAAAACAGUAGAUCUUGGCAAUUCAGAUAGUAUGUUUUUUCCUACUUCAACAGAAGAACAAUAUAAAAUUAAUAUUUAUUACCAAGGAUUGGAUACUAUAUUAAAUAAUUUAAAGCUAUGUUUUUCAGAGUUUGAUUAUUGCAAAAUGAAGCAAAUUUCAGAACUGUUAUUUAAAUGGAAUGAACCAUUAAAUGAAACAACAGCCAAACAUGUCCAAGAAUUUUAUAAACUUGAUGCAGACAUCAUCCCAGAACUUAGAUUUUAUCGGCAAUAUGCAAAACUUAAUUUUGUCAUAGAUUAUGAUCGUAUCAACUUCAUCAAUCUUGGCUGUUUGUUUAUCCAGCAUGGUCUUCACAAUAAUAUUCCUUGCAUAUCAAAGUUAUUAUAUACUGCUUUGUCUUGGCCAGUUACUUCAAAUGCUGAAAAUUCAUUUUCUACACUGCCCCGUCUUAAAACAUAUUUAUGUCAUACCAUGGGACAAGAGAAGCUUAGCGGUCUAGCCCUAAUAGCUAUUGAGCAGGAAUUGGUAAAUAAACUCAUGGAACCUGAAAGACUCAAUGGCAUUGUGGAAAAGUUUAUCCAUCAGAUGAAAGAAACGUAACACUUGGCUAGUUUGAAUUUACCUAAAAGAAUUUUGUUAUUUCUGCUGGAAUAUUUGUUUUAUUUCAAAAUUUUAUCUCCUAAGAAAAAGAUUUUUUUUCAUCAGAACAUGUAACAUUCACUUGAUUCAAAAUUCAGGAAACAGACUGAAAAGAGGAAAGUCUCCUUCCCCUUUUCAGUACCCAUUCCCCCUCCCUGUAGUGUUUAUUCCUCAAAUAUCCUCCUGGAGAUAUUUUUCACAAAUAGUACUCCGUAGUCCACACUGUUCUUCAACUUGUCCACUAAACAUAUUUUUGAGAUUGUCCUAUGCCCGUGCAUAGAGUUUCUUGAUUUUUUUUACAACUGCAUAAAAUUUCAUUGUAUGAACGUACCAUAAUAUAUUUGAGCAGUCCCUAACAAUAAACACUUUAAUUCUGUCCAGUA